UGUGUUUCAAAAACGCAACUGCAGAAUUAGAGGGAGAGAGAGAGAGAGCGAGCGAGCGAGCGAUUAGCGAAGCGGAGAUAUCUUCCCCGAUGGUUUUAUAGAGAGAGAUAGAGAGAGCGAUGUCGACACCACUGAUUCGGCGGCUGGCACCGUACCUGGCGGCGCGAUUCCGACAGAACGAGAGGUUCAUCAACUCCGUUCCUGCUUCUUCGUCUUCUUCUUCGGCUUCCAUUCUUCACCGUUCAACUCCGACUUCCUCUUCUUCUCCUGAGCCCGUUCACAUGACCGAAAGCUGCGUCCGAAGAAUGAAAGAACUAGAAGCAACUGAGUCAUCAUCUGAUGGAAAACUGCUUCGUCUGAGUGUAGAAACCGGUGGAUGUUCUGGAUUUCAGUACGUUUUUAAUCUGGAUGACAGAAUCAACUCAGAUGACAAAGUUUUUGAGAAAGAAGGGAUUAAACUGGUUGUUGACAAUAUCUCAUACGAUUUUGUCAAAGGUGCAACUGUUGAUUACGUUGAGGAGCUAAUCCGUUCAGCCUUCGUGGUGACUGAGAACCCCAGUGCCGUUGGUGGUUGUAGUUGUAAAGCUUCAUUCAUGGUGAAACAGUAAUUCCUGAUGAUUGCUUCCGAAUCUUCAUAACUGCUAAGAUACUCAAUUCCUUGCAAAUUAUAUUACACUAUGAAUCAUUACUUUUGUACCUCAGAUAUUGAUUGGUCGAACUAUAGAUUAAAUUUAUUGUUUGUAUAAUUAUAUCGAUGUAACAUGGAACUGUAUUAGUAAUAAGGCAUUUUCUUAGCCUGUCAACAAUGAGGAUUUGUUAA